AUCCAGUGUGAGUUUGGCCUCUUCUUGCAGCACAGGGUGUUAACACUCCUCUGCUGCAUGUAGCCAACUGAACAGAGACAGCUGGCAAGCAAGCAGGUGGUGUGCUGGUAUAGCUUGCUCAAGCAAUAAGUGAAUCUGAAACUGGAGAGGCAGAGUGACGCAGAGAAAAUUGGUUGCACUGGUAUUGCAAGACUGAUUAUCUGUAGGAACAAAGUUCAACUGACAGGGAGGUGGGAGGAAAUAAAGUAUUGACUCUUCACCUAAAGGUAAAAGUACAAGCAGGUUUAAUGGCUGAAAAGUUUGAGUGAAGGUGCUUGCAGUGGCUUGUUUAUCGCAGGAUGUCGGCAGCUGAAGGCAGGUUGAGUGCAAAAGCUCUAUAUGAGCAACGAAAGAAAUAUUCCAAUUCCAAUGUCAUCACGCAAGAGACUUCACAAUACCAUGUGGAGCAUCUCGCCACAUUUGCCAUGGAUAAGAGUGAGUCUGUUGUAACAAUAGACGAUGGCAUCAAAAAACUUGUGCAGUUGGACAUAAAGGGAAAGGUGUGGACUCAGGAAAUGCUUCUACAAGUGAAUGACAAAUCCAUUAGAUUGCUGGACUGUGAAAGUCAGGAUGAAUUGGAGAACUUUCCACUGAACACCGUGCAUCACUGCCAAAAUGUACAUAACCAGUCCAAAUACCAAUCUGUUUUACUGUUCAUUUGUCAAGACUCAGAUCAGCACAAACCUGACAUUCAUUUCUUCAACUGUGAUGAGGUUGGGGCUGAGAUGAUUCAUGCAGAUGUAGAGAGUGCAAUUUCUGAUUGCAAAGGUGGACAGAAAAUCCGACCACAGACCCUGAAGGUGAACCAAGAGAAAAUGAAGAAACAACGGGAGACAAUAAUCCCCUCGCCCCCUCACACUGCUCCACCUGCCCAACCCCCUGGUAUCAACAAGAGUCGUGCUGCUGCCCUGACAACACAAAAUGACCAAGUGGAACACGACCGGAAAAACCUCGGUCCCCAGGAACACGAGGAACCACCUGAAGUCAUGGUUCAUAGGAUUGAGAAAGAUGUGCAAAUUCUAAACUGCACACUGGAUGACAUUGAGUUUUUUGUAGCCAAGCUUCAGAAGGCUGCUGAGGCCUACCAUCAACUGAACCAGCGGAAGAAAUCCAAAAAGAACAAAAAAAAGGCACCAGCUGAGGGCAUGCUUACUCUAAGAGCAAAGCCACCACUACCAGGAGAAUUUACCGACUGUUUUCAAAAGAUCAAGCUAACUUUGAAUUUGCUGGCUAAACUGAAGAAGCAUAUUCAAAAUCCAAAUGCAGUGGAAUUGCUUCAUUUCCUGUUUGGACCACUUGAAGUGGUGAUAAAUGGCACAGGAGGGCCAGAAAUUGCCAGAACCAUCAUAAGUCCUCUGCUUUCCAAGGAUGCUACAGAGUUUCUAAGGGGCCACUUAACUCCAAAAGAAAUUUCGCUAUGGGAGGCACUGGGAGAGGCAUGGACCAGGUCCAGGGCUGAUUGGCCAAGGGACCACCAUGUUCCUCCAUAUGUGCCGAAGUUUAGAAAUGGCUGGGAGCCACCUCUGGAAAAUUUCCGUGGCGUUCCCUGGGAGCUGGAUGCACGUCAGGGGCCAGAGGCCACAAUAGAUACACAGCGCAGACAGGAGGAGAUGAGGCGACCUUCUGUGGAGCAAUCAGCGGCACCCUCCUUCCCUCCACCCAAUGGGUACGAAUAUGGUAACACAUCAUUCAAGAGAGGCCAGAUUGGUGACCAGAAUUUCGCAGUGGAAGCUUUUAAGCAGAGUGUUAGUCGGCCUGAAGAUAGAAAUUAUGAGGCACAAGGAAUUCAUCUACCGAAGAAAUAUGUUCAGAUAGUGUAUGACUUUGUGGCAAGGAGUGCCAAUGAACUCUCUGUCCUAAAGGAUGAAAUAUUGGAGGUGGUCGAGGAAAACAAGCAAUGGUGGAAGCUAAAGAGCAAACUUGAUGAAGUUGGAUAUGUGCCUUUUAAUGUCCUCACUCCUGUGAAUUUAGAAGAUAUUCCAAGCCAGUCUGAUAAUCCCUACAGCAUGGGUGGUCAGCGGUACAAAGGAGAGAUGAGUGCUCGAGGAAUGGGGCCUGGUGCUCCCUUUACCACCCCAGGCCACAUGAGGCAUGGAAGUCAUGAGCUACCAGGAAUAGCCAACAGGCUUUUUGGAAGGGACAAGGAACAAAUAAUGACUCAAAUGGAUGAAGUAAAUGAUGAACUCCGACAUGUGAUAAUUGCACAAAAGACAAAACCAGGCACACGUAAUUUCCAGGUCCCAAAGCAAUCAGUGAUUCAGGUACCACUCGGUUAUGAAUCCAGCUCAGAAGAUGUUAGAUCCUGGUUGGAAGUUAAAGGCUUCAGUAAAUCGACAGUAUCUGGUUUGGGAAUACUGACAGGAGCCCAGAUAUUUUCCCUUAAUAAAGAAGAACUGAAGUUGGUGUGUGGAGAGGAAGGUGCUCGUGUGUAUAGUCUAAUCCAAGUACAAAAGGCUGAAUUAGAUAAGCAUCGAGGUGAUACGGAGCUGGAAGAAAUUAUGAAACGAAGACAAGAGAGGAUUGAUUCCAAUAACUAGAAUUUUGCAGCCAUUUGUUCAGCAAUUGGACAGUAAAACAAAUAAAUGGAAUAUGUAUGACUAUAGAAGGGUGGGUCUCUUCUACAGAAUUAAUAAUAAAUGCUAAUUGUUUUGUGUAUUUUACUCCUGUUAUUUCUAAAGUAAAUUCAUAUUCAGAAUUUGCAUGGCUUUCAGGCAGUCAUAUAGUUGGCAUAAAGUAUUAAUCUGCAUUCCAUAAGAAUAUCGAAAUCUCUUCCUUUCUCUCUAUGUACAUGCAUAUGUAGCUAUUGUAAUAUUUGUGGAACAAUGUUGCCAAAACCUGAAGCCAAGCAAACACAGGAUAGAUGUAAUUUGCUAAAUAGUUGUGAAACAAUAAAAUGGUAGUCCUCCAGCUGGCUCCUGAACUUACAGAUAAACCUGGGAUCUGCAUUCGGCAGUAUUAAUGGACAAAUGCUGUGUUCUUGCAACAUUUACCUUGUGAUAGGUUGACUGCAAGUACUGCUGCCACACAACUCCUGCAACCCUGAUUUGUUCCACAUCUUGGGUACUGUCUGUGUGGAGUUUGCAUAUUCUCCCUGUGACUGCUUGGGUUUCCCCUGGGUGUUCCGGUUUCAUCCUACAUCCCAAAUAUGUGCUGACUGGCAGACUAUUUGGCUAUUGUAAAUUGCCCUAGUAUGGGUGGGUAGUAGGAGAAUCAGAAGGGAGUUGAUGGGAUGUGAGAAUGAAUAGCUUACAUGGAAAUAAUAUGGGGGACUGGGACUGAUGGAAAUCCUCUGAGGCCUGGCGUAGAUUCAAGGGACCAAAUGGCCGCCUCCUAUGUCGCAAGAAAAUAAAUGGAAUGGUACAUUUUUGGAGAGAAUGAAAUAAAUGUGCAGAUGACUCAGAUAAAGUAGAGAUAGAAUAUCAUAAAAAUGAUUACACUUCUGUCUGCUAAUAUCGCUAACAAUUAUUUCUAGUUGUUCUGUUGGUGAUGUGAUUUUCUUAAACUAAUGCAUGUGUUUUCCAUUUGAAGAUUACACAAGAAAGUAUAAUUUGUUAAAGUAAACUUCCUUUCACUUAUGCAAGUAAUAAUAAACCUAUUGUUCAGUUGUUCUUUUCAGGAAUCUGAAACUAUUGUUGAUAAUUGUAAGUCUUCUCAGAACCAUGAAUCCUCUACACAUUGCAAGACUACCUGGGUGUCUAUAUACAACAGAUACCCAUGCAAUCUUGACAAAAAGUUAGUUGCUGCAUGUACCCAUACCAUACUGAUUCAAGGCUGGCAUUCAACAGGCACUAUUUAUUAACAUAAGGCCAACAUCCUUAUGAUGCUUGUUCAAGAUGUAAAGCCAACAUAUCUAACAGGCACCAACAUAAGCAUUGACAGUGGAUCCACAACCAACAGCUGUUAGUUAGAAUCAUGUAAGACCAAUAUCAAAAUGACGCUGAAACUUGCAAGAUCCAAAUUCAGCUAUUGUGAAAUUGACAUAACUCAACUUAUCAGUUAAACUUUAAUACCUUUGUGGCUUUCCUAUUUCCCAAUCUUAUACAUGGAUUUUGAGGUCAUGGUACUAAGGUUUCAGGGUUUCCUAUGUGGCUUCAGUCUGGCUACUGGAAGGCUCCUCCCAUUCUCUUUGAAUGUACACAUAUACCCAUCAGAAGCUCUUGCCGAAGAUGGGUCAGCUUCAUACUUCUUCCCAGGCCCAAAUUAAGGAACAGUCUGAAAUGGAUGACUGUGGAGAAUGGGUAAACGUGCUCUUUGAGAGAUCACAUUGGGGUAUAAUUUGGUGGCUCUGUGAUGAGGCAUAUCAAUAUCCUGAAUGUACAUUGCCAGUCAUCCUCUCAGGGCAUGGAGUAGAUAAUGUGAGGUGAUCUUCUGGCAUUCAGAGAGCUCCACCAUCAUUUCAUCCACUGGACCUGGGCUGAGAAUACGUUGCCAAAGAGCUUGAUAGGAUAUAUAUAUAUAUAUAUAUAUAUACACACACACACACACACACACACACACACACACACACACAUAUAUAUAUCUAUAUAGAUAUAUCUACACAUAUAUCUAUAUAUAUAUAUCUACACAUAUGUCUAUAUAUAUAUACACAUAUAUAUCUAUAUAUCUACAUAUAUAUAUAUAUCUCUCUACACAUAUAUCUCCUUUGUUUUACUGCCACGCUAACCCUUGUUCACUGUGCUACUGUUAUCAAAGCUAUCAUAUCACUGCAACAAAGUGCUUCUGUGGACCACAGACAACAGUGGUCCUUCACUGUGCUAUCUACCAUGAACUCCUUGAGACUAAGGUGGUUUCAUCUUGGGGAUUCUGCACUCAAUGGAUUUUUUGCCAGAAUGAGUUGUUGGUGAAAUUACAAAGGAAGUUUGGUUCUGAGCAAGAACUGAGGUGGCUCACUAGAAAAAUCACAUAGGGAGUCGUCCAAGAUGAGGAUGGUAAAAUAAUAGCUAAUGCUAGCUCUCUGCCUGUGCAAGAAAGCAAACCCAAUCUGUUUGUUAUAGCCUGGAAGAAAGCUUGGUUUCUAGCAUUAUCUUUCUUCAGUUCCCCAUAGUCUGCAGCUGCAGAAUUGUUGGGUGAAUUGACAUCCCCGAAGUCUUCUCUGCCAAGUAACAGAAAUUCAGAUGUCUGCCAUAUCAUCAUCAAAUGAAGUAUAUCCUAUCCAAUCUCACACCCAGUGGCCCACAUUAUUUAUUUUGAAUCCAAUCAGAACUGGAUAUUAAGAACUAUUUCUCUAACCUGCAUUUCUAUGAGUGCAACUCACCGAAGGCUACCUUCCUAUUGUGUACUUAUAGCUAAAUCUUCUCCUAUAGUAUUUUCAUAUAUGAGAAGGACAGUGAUCAGAAUGAUCAGUAAUAUUCAAUAAUGAUCAAUAAUAUCAACAGAUUUCACCGAUAACAUCACUAGCACCAUUGAUUUAUUGCAACUUAGUGUGACAUCUCAUAAUAAAUCCUGCAAAUUUCUGCAUGUUACAUGCAAUGAGUUUUGUCUGAGGCAAUGACAUUUCAGUGUUUGAAUAAUGGCAAAUUAUUUGCUCUAAUUGUCACCACAUGUAAGAUCACAGAGCCUUGCAAGACUUUGAACAGAGGCUGCAUAUCAAAUAGAGGUAAUUUGGUCGCCAGCAAAAUUUGCCACCAGACCAAAAUUUCAGCAUGGGCUAACUGUCAGUCCCUGUAGAAAGGACAAUUUGCAGUAAUCCCUGAGAGAAAUAGCUCAAGAAAUCUAUUUUAAACUGGGCUAUAAGCGUUUAAUUUUGUGCAAAAACCCAUUAUUUCCAUGUGAUUUUCUGGUCUGUCAUGUGUUCGAAUAAAUUAUGUAUUAUAAUAAUAAGACUAACUCUGAUCUAAUAUCAAGUUCAAUUGCUUAAUUUUCUGGUACUUUAUGUAUCGUAACAAAGUGCAUCACUUGUCGUGCAAGCUCUAUGAAAAUGUUGUUUUGUGCUUUGUACAAAAACUCUAUGUCAGGGAAAAAAAAGUAAGCUUUGUAAUAAGAUAAACAAUUGUAUUUUCCUCUAGUAAAUUAUGGAAGAGUCAAAAGAAUUACAGCAUGGUUAGACAAACCUAUUUUUUUGAAUCUGGGAAUGUGUUUUUUUUUAGUAGUGCUGAUUUAUAGAACAUUCUAGUCAUUUUAUGAGAACACCUCUUUAUUGUCACAUUAAUAAAUUAUAUAUAA